ACCUCGUUGCCGUGUCCCGUGACCAGCUCACGUGAAUUUUGACAAAUUCAAACGUUUUUGGUAGAAAAAAAAUGGAUAUAUUGGAGCAGCACCUCGAACAGCAGGAUGUCAGGUAGUGUUUAUGUUAAAUAUCGACUGGCUGAUAAUGCGAACACCUAUCCCUCCUGUUUCGGUCGAGGUCUCCUCAAGGUCAUCACGUAGUGCACAGUGCGCACUUACAAGACUUAGGACAACGGUCGUGGAACACUAUUAACGCGAAGGAGGAAGGCGGCACAGGAAUUGUUAUCGAGGAGGCGGAGAUCGUCGACUGCGAAGGAGAAACUGUCGGAGAAGAUGGAAUGCGCUACCAAGAAGCUUUGGCAUAUAGAGUGGUACAGCUAAAUAGUACUGCUGCUGGCAAUGAAAUAGAUUUGCCAGUCACUCAACCUGGAAAUAAUACUGUACAGGUCCUAACAUCACCACUGAACGGCCAGUUUUAUGUUAUUGGGAAUGCCAAUGAUGUAUUCACCACUGCUCAGACCUCUAGAUCAUUGGUUCCUAGAACAACUACUUUACAAAUAGAAACACCAAGAAACUGUACAACUGGAAUAAAGAAAAGAGACGAUAGAAGGAGAGCAACCCACAACGAAGUGGAACGUCGGCGAAGAGAUAAAAUAAAUAAUUGGAUCGCAAAAUUAGGAAAAAUUAUACCAGAAUGCAAUGCUACUGCAAAUGCAAAUGGAACUGGUAGCAGUGGUGAAGGCAAAGCGAACUAUGAAACUCAGAGCAAAGGUGGAAUUCUAGCUAAAGCUUGUGAAUACAUAGGAGAGUUACGAGCAGCUAAUCAAGGAUUAGGCCAGUGUCUCCGUGACAAUGAAAAAUUGCGACAAGAAAUUACCGCCUUGAAACAACUCGUAACACAACUGAAAAGGGAGAACCUUCAACUCAGAUCUCAGAUAUCAUCCACCACAGGAACUAGCGUCGACGUUGUUCAUUUGAGUCCUUAAAAAAUUAUUAGGAUAUAAUGCAGUGCUUCUUUUUGUAAAUAUUAGGGUACAUAAGCUGGUUUGAUGGCCAGACGAAGUAUUUACUCUUAUGAUUUCUUUUUUCACGAGAGCCAUAACAAAUUUCGUCAUAUUGGAUUUAUAUUCUUCAAAAUGUAUAAAAAUGGUCCUAAUAAUGGUGUAGUCGUAACUGCAUAUAUAAUGUAUCAAAAUGUACAUACCUUUUUAUUCUUAUGAAUUUGACAAAAUCAAUCGAGUAUAAUUUACAAGAAGCAUAAUGAUGGAAUUAAAUGUUGGACAUUUCGAAUUGAUGUAUCUUGAGUGCAAUUGCUUAUUAUAAGAUAACGACAGUAAUAUUGGGAGUUACGACUAUUGUUUGUAGGAACUAUUUAAAACAAUCUUGUUUCUGUAUGUGUGUGAACAUACAUAUAAUACAUCAGAUUGAAUUGCCUCGUGUACGUAAACGAGCCAAGGCUGUGAAUGUAAGCAUUGAGUUGAAGUGUUUGGUUUAUGCGAUUUUAGACUACACAGAGCUAAUUUUUAAAAACAAAAUGAACAAACAGAUAUAAGUUUUAUUGGAACAUUAACGAUAAAUUUACAAUACAGAUCGACUGAAAAAUUAUGAAAAACAUUAAAUAUUUUUUAUUUUUAAUACUAUUUUCACGAGUUUAGAGUAGGCAUUUCAAGAAAUGAAUUAGGGACUGAGAAUGUAACAUAGAUUAAUCGUACACCUAUGGAUGUGUAUGUAUAGUUCAAUAUGUAUAUUUACACGUACGUGUACAUAUGCAUAGAUGUAUGCAUAUAGCAAUAAACAUAUUUUUUUCAAUCUGAAAUUCUGCAUGCCGCAAAAUAAUGGCAUUGGAAUAAUUGACAAGUAAACACAGGUUUGUAAUAUAUCGUUGGUGUAUAUAUCGCGAAGUUAUUGUUAUAUAAUAAUAUUAUUAUUAAAAUGAAAUUUAACGAA